UGGAACUAGUUAGACAUGCAGAGAGUGAAUGCCAAGCCUGGUAGGAUGCUAAUGAAGUGGUACAAACAGUGGCACAAGAUAAUACAAAUGAGGAUCCCCAAGUCGUAAGCUUGGGAAAUAUUUGCUUGAUAGAUGGAUCUUGGACAUCUUCUGCUAACUUUAGUGGAAGCGGAUGGGCAUGGAUGGAUAGUUCUGGGAACACUCAACUUAUGGGGACAAGAAAUUUCCCCCGACGCGAAUCAUCCUUGCACUCAGAAGUAGAAGUGUUGCGGUGGGCGAUGGAGAAUAUGCUGCAACAUUCGACCUGCCAGAGCUUUGGGACAGACUGUAAGGAACUAAUUGAAAUGAUAAAGGACUCUCAGGCGUGGCCAAGCUUUUCGACGGAAUUGGAGAAGAUAGAGACGCUACAGAUAUGCUUCCCGGCUUUCAACAUCACUCACGUUCCACGGGCACAUAAUCAGAUUGCUGAUUUUUUGGUUAAGACUGCUAGAUCGUUCCAUAGGGAACUACAUUUUGUUGGUUGUUCUAUUCCGGUUUGGUUAUCCAGACCACCUCAAGUUUGAGUAAUAGAAUGGCCUUUUGAUGUCAAAAAAAAAAAACAAAUGAAAAUGGAACCGCUAAAAACAGAUAACUAACUAUGAAGUAGUUUUGGACUUUUGAAUCUUUGUCACAAAAAAAAAAAAAAACCUUUUGAGUUGACUGUCAAAGUCAACUUGACGAUUGAAAAAGAAGAGCAUCAAAAUCCAAACGCAGGGACGCGCUCAAAACGCCAGACGCGUGGGCCUGAAAUGAAAAAAAAAAAAAGACGCGUUGGAAACAAACGCUGGGUGGAGUGAGGAAAAGGCGAUUGUAAGAAACGAAACAUUCCCGAGAUCCCUAAAAAUUCCAAAAAGAAACCCUAAAUUCUCUCUUCCUUCACGCGAGCUCCUUGUGUUCCUCACUCGCCUUCUUUGCCUCCCCACUCGCCUUCUUUGCUCUCUUCUCUUCUCUCUGUGUCUCCCUCCCUUUGUCGCCGUCUGGGUGGCCGAGAAAAUGGAAGUCUUAAAAAAUUCCUGAAAUUUCGUGGAUUCUUCUUGCCUUAAAGUCUGUAUCUUUUGUGCUUAAUACCAAUGAAAGUGCUAAUUAUGUAAAAGUUAUCUAUUGGGAGGAGGAUUCUCUAGUUGUUUCAUGGGUGGGGGUUUAUGGUGAAUCCAGAUGUGGCUAAGUUGAAGAUGGAUUUGCAAGAGAGUGAUAACAAUCAGAUGAGUGAUGCAAAUAUGGUUGAAUCUCAUAAUAAUAACAACGGAGAUGUAGGAGGAGGAGUUGUUGUUGAUGAUCUCAGAACAGGAGGACAUCUUGGUGUUGAGCCACCGGAUGGUAUUGACUUCGACACACACGAGGCAGCUUAUACGUUUUACCAAGACUACGCCAAAUCCAUGGGCUUUACUACCUCCAUUAAAAACAGCAGGCGGUCCAAGAAGACUAAAGAUUUCAUCGACGCCAAGUUCGCUUGUUCUAGAUACGGUUCCACUCCCGAGUCUGAGAGUGGUAGUAGCAGUGGUCGAAGGUCGAGUGUGAAGAAAACAGAUUGUAAGGCAAGUAUGCACGUGAAGAGAAAAUCGGAUGGGAGAUGGAUCAUUCAUGAGUUUAUAAAAGAACACAACCACGAGCUUCUACCUGCUCUUGCCUAUCAUUUCCGGAUUCAGAGGAACAUCAAGUUAGCUGAGAAGAACAAUAUCGACAUCUUGCACGCCGUUAGUGAACGGACCAGGAAAAUGUAUGUUGAGAUGUCGAGACAAUCUGGGGGAUAUAAUAAGAACAACAAGGGGCUUCUUCUUCUUCAGACCAGUCAGGUUGAUAAGGGUCGUCGGUGUUUGGCUUUGGAAGAAGGAGAUUCUCAACUACUGCUUGAGUACUUUAAGCGUAUUAAGAAAGAGAACCCCAGAUUCUUCUAUGCCAUAGACUUAAACGAGGAGCAACGUUUAAGAAAUUUGUUUUGGGCUGAUGCUAAGAGCAGAGAUGACUACAUGAGUUUUAAUGAUGUUGUAUCCUUUGAUACUACUUAUGUCAAGUUUAACGAUAAGUUGCCUCUAGCUUUAUUUAUUGGGGUGAACCAUCAUUCCCAGCCUAUGCUGCUUGGCUGUGGAUUGGUUGCUGAUGAGUCUAAGGAGACAUUUGCGUGGCUGAUAAAAACAUGGCUUCGAGCAAUGGGUGGUCGAGCUCCUAAAGUUAUUCUCACUGACCAAGAUAAACUCUUGAUGGCUGCGGUUUCGGAGCUGUUACCAAACACUCGUCAUUGCUUUGCGUUGUGGCACGUGUUGGAAAAGCUUCCUGAAUACUUCUCCCAUGUGAUGAAACGGCACGAGAACUUCUUGCGGAAAUUCAAUAAGUGCAUCUUCAGAUCGUGGACGAGUGAUCAGUUCGAUAUGAGAUGGUGGAAAAUGGUGAGCCAGUUCGGACUUGAGAAUGAUGAAUGGCUGCUGUGGUUGCACGAACACCGCCAGAAGUGGGUGCCCACUUUUAUGAGCGAGGUGUUUCUAGCGGGAAUGUCGACAUCUCAGCGUGCAGAAAGUGUCAACUCUUUCUUCGAUAAGUACGUUCAUAAGAAAAUAACGCUGAAAGAGUUCUUGAGGCAGUACGGUGUGAUGCUGCAGAAUAGGUACGAGGAGGAAUCCGUUGCGGAUUUCGAUACUUGCCACAAGCAACCUGCGCUGAAGUCUCCCUCUCCCUGGGAGAAGCAAAUGGCAGCAACUUACACCCACACGAUAUUCAAGAAAUUCCAAGUCGAGGUCUUGGGGGUUGUCGCUUGCCAUCCUAGAAAGGAAAAAGAAGACGAAAACAUGGUGACGUUCAGAGUUCAAGACUGUGAAAAAGACGACGAGUUCCUUGUGACGUGGAGCAAAACUCAGUCAGAACUCUGCUGUUUCUGCCAUAUGUUUGAAUACAAAGGGUUUCUCUGUCGGCAUGCUUUGAUGAUUCUGCAGAUGUGUGGCUUUGCUAGCGUUCCGCCUCGGUAUAUUUUGAAAAGGUGGACAAAAGAUGCCAAGAGUGGAGGAGCAGACCAGGUACAGACCAGAGUUCAGCGGUAUAAUGAUUUGUGUUGUCGAGCCAUUGAAUUGAGCGAGGAAGGUUGUGUCUCAGAAGAAAACUACAACAUAGUAUUGCGCACACUUGUUGAGACCCUGAAAAAUUGUGUCGACCUAAACCAUGCUAGAAACAACUUCGCUGAGUCUAAUAGCCAGCUUAAUAAUGGUGCUCACGAAGAAGAAAACCAUGUAUUGGCCGGUGUAAAAGCAACAAAAAAGAAGACUGUUGUUAGGAAAAGAAAGGGACAACCAGAGGCUGGCCAAAUGCUUGAAUCUCAACCGAGCUUGCAACCAAUGGAAAAUAUAAGUUCAGAGGGAAUGAGCAUCAGUGGUUACUAUGGUCCUCAACAGAACGUUCAAGGAUUGUUAAAUUUAAUGGAGCCACCUCACGAAGGCUACUAUGUAAAUCAACGAACCAUACAAGGCCUGGGACAACUGAACUCCAUAGCACCAGUGCAGGAUAGCUUCUUCACGAAUCAGCAAGCCAUGCCAGGGCUGGGUCAAAUGGAUUUCAGGCCUCCUCCCAACUUCGCUUACAAUUUACAGGAUGAGCAUUUGAGAUCUGCCCAGUUGCCUGGUAAUUCAUCAAGACAGCUAUAGAAACUCAACAGAUCUUCCAUUGGACCUGAGUUGCAAUUGACAAGAACAAAUAAAAUCUUUUGGUUUGGUUUAUGUAUAUUAUGUGAUCCCUUACCAUGUAUGAAUAUUAUAUGGCUGAAAUGUUGUGUAUCCGACCUAGCAUUUUGGUUUUAUGUCAUUAAAUAGAAGGGCAUCUUUUAACAACAUUGUCCGUUGUUCUAUUCCAAUAUGGUUUUCAGACCA